AUGCCUCCUUCAAAGUGGGAUGAUGAGUCCGAAGAGUCUUCUGAGGAAGAGUCGGUAGACGUUCCUGUUGCGCGACGCAAGUUUGCCGACGAAGAAGAUUCCGAUGAAGUAGCUGAUAACUGGGAGGAAGAGGAAGACUCUGAAGCGGAGCGAGAGAAGGUUGCCAGAGCGGCCGCAGCCAAAGCCAAAGCCGACGCAGAAGCCGCAGCCAAGAAGAAGACCAAGUCUCAGCGGAUAGAAGAACACCGGGAAGCAAACCGACGGAAACGAGCUGAGGAAGAAGAAGAAGAUGAGGAAGAGAGUUCAGAGGAAGAUGAAGCAACUAGGCGUGCCAGACUACGGAAGUCAGAACAAGACUCCGACCUCAAACACGCACAAGAUCUGUUUGCCGAUGCUGCGCUGGAACCCAAGUCGCGUGCUGCACCGAACAAGGCGGUGAUAAUAGAAGACAAAGCAAACCCGGGUCAGACAAUCGAUCUGUCACAACUGCCUCUAUUCAAGCCUGCCACCAAGUCACAGUUCGACGCCCUUUCGACAACUCUGGUACCUCUGCUGACGGCCGCUUCUUCAAAACCGCACUAUGCCAUCUGGCUCCCAACCUUCGUGAAGCAAAUAUGCGCCGACCUACCAAGUGCAGAGAUUAAGAAGGCAGCGAGUGCGCUGACGGCUCUGAGUAACGAGAAGAUGAAGGAGGAGAAGGCGCAAGAGAAGGGUGGCAAAAAGUCAAAGGCAGCUAAGACCAAAUCGACUCUUGCAGCAACCCGAGACAUGGGCAGAGGGAUAGCGGACGUGACUAGCUACGAUGACGGCCUUGGGGACGAUGACUUUAUGUGA